GCGCAACUUGCGACAAGGUGUCGCUGUACGAAGUCCUUGGGAUCAUUGUUGGGUGAAGACUAUGACGCCAAUGGCCCCGCCAAAUCGCGGUUUAGCUGACCGUAACUGAUAAGCUUUGCGUUCAGGGACCGGCAAAUCGACGUCAAUCGAAGCAUUCUGACCGCUACAGUUGCAAGUGAUAGUAACCAUGAGUAAUGAAAAGGUUGUAGCUGCGGCAUUUGGAUUCUGUAUAAACUCUCGAGCAUCCUGUCACCCGUGUCCACCAAAGGUACCCACAUUUCCACCUCCAGUUACCCACCUCCACAAAGUAUCCACUCUUCAUCUCCGCUCCAUCAAAGAGUUGCCCAGGUCUUUCCUAUAAGAAGAGUACAACUUCCCACGAAUACAAAACGAUAUUCUCUCACGUAUCCACUACAUCAUCAGAACGGAAGAGCAACAUCUUACGACUAUCCUCACUCCCAAAGGAUUCUACCACAACACUUCCACCAUGUCGGCGCCUUCCCUUGCGGUGCCCCAGGCGGGUCGCUUUGCGCGACGCCUCUCGUCCAUUGAGGCUACACGUGAGAGUGUGCAAAUGGGCCCUACAGUCGUUGUCCCCCCAAAGCAUUUGAUGGCCCCAUCUGGCGCAUCAGAGGUCGCUACAGGAUUCGAAUCAGCAAGACAACGCCUGGACUCUCAGGUCUCCACAGGGUCGGGUGCAUCAUCUCCUACUGGUACACCCACAGAGACCACCGUCACCGACAAAUAUGCAUAUGCUUUCGAUAUUGACGGUGUUCUCAUUCGUGGUGGCCGCCCUAUUCCGGAGGCUAUUGAAGCCAUGAAGAUGCUCAACGGCGAGAACGAGUAUGGCAUCAAGGUCCCAUACAUCUUCGUCACAAACGGUGGCGGUAAGACCGAAGCUGAGCGUUGUAUCCAGCUGAGUCAGCAGCUCGAGAUGGAGGUGUCGCCCGGACAAUUCAUCUGUGGUCACACACCCAUGGGCGAGAUGGCUGAGAAGUAUGGCACCGUUCUCGUCGUCGGUGGUGAAGGCGAGAAGUGCCGCAUCGUCGCUGAAGGCUACGGCUUCAAGGACGUCGUCACACCAGGAGACAUCAUCAAGGAUAACCAGGACACAACACCUUUCCGCACACUGACCGAUGAGGAGUACAAGAACUCGCGAGCCCGCAACUUUGCUGAGAUUGAGAUUGAGGCUAUCUUCGUUUUCGCUGACUCUCGCGACUGGGCUUCUGACCAGCAGAUCAUUCUUGACCUACUCAUGUCCAAGAAUGGUCGUCUCGGUACAAGAUCUGAGACCUUCGAUGAGGGUCCACCGGUCUUCUUCUCCCACAACGAUGUCGUCUGGAGCGCGUCCCACGAUCUCACCCGUAUCGGCAUGGGUGCUCUCCGCGUCUCUCUCGAGGCCAUGUACAAGGCUGUUACUGGCAAGGAACUCCAAACCACUGCCUUCGGCAAGCCUCAGAUCGGUACUUUCGAGUUCGCUACCCGUCUUCUUAAGAGGUGGCGUAAGGACACCCACGGUAUCAACGAGGCUCCCGAGACUGUUUACUUCGUUGGUGACACGCCCGAGUCUGACAUCAGAGGCACCAACGAGUUUGACAAGCACACCAACGAUGCCAACUGGUACUCCAUUCUCGUCAAGACCGGUGUGUACCAGGCUGGUACCAAGCCUAACUUCACUCCCAAGGCCACUGUCGACAACGUCCUCGAGGCAGUCCGGCACGGCAUGGAGCGCGAGUACAAGAAGCAGCUCAAGGAAAGCAUGCUUGCGACUGGUGUGAUAGAAGAGGCCUGAGUCCCUCGUAGGCUUCUUUGCUCAUGUUCUUCGACUUCUCUUGUUUUCUUUGCGGCAUAGCACUUGGCGUUUGGGAUUUAUCUUCCUCAUCUUCCACAUACACCGGCCGACAGCAUUUCAUAACAUGAUCCAUAAACCGUAGCAUCAUGAUACCAGACGAGCAAAGAAUGCAGUCACAAAUAGAUACUGCAAUGCAUCACGAGUAAACUCAAUGAUCGCUACUAUCUUUUGCCUACUAUGACUGAUCUGCUCUUACUCACACAUGCAGAUAAGUAGACUAGUACCACAGCAGAACACU